UUGCGAUUUUUUUGAAAUUUUUUUUUUUUGGUUCGAAAUACUCGGCCUGUUGUAUUCGUGUGUUUGCUCUGUCUAUAAUCCGUUCUUUGUCUUUCACUCAACAAAUAUAAUUGUUAUUUGAUCAAUUUCUAAUAUCGUUCAUCGUUCAUAUCAUAUAUGGCGCCAACACCAACAACCAGUAAGAUUGAAAAGAAAAGUGCUGGAAAAGCACAGAAAUCUGUUCGUGUAUCGGAUAAAAAGAAGAAAUAUCGUCGCCGUAAAGAAUCAUUUUCGAUUUACAUCUAUAAAGUAAUGAAACAAGUACAUCCGGAUACAGGAAUAUCAUCGAAGGCAAUGUCCAUAAUGAAUUCAUUUGUCAACGACAUAUUUGAACGUAUUGCAGCCGAAGCAUCGAGAUUAGCACAAUACAAUAAACGAACAACAAUUACUUCGAGAGAGAUACAAACUAGUGUACGAUUAUUGUUACCGGGGGAAUUGGCCAAACAUGCUGUAUCGGAAGGCACAAAAUCUGUUACCAAAUAUACAUCGAGCAAAUGAGUAAAAAGACAAGACAAAAAAACAUACACAUCAUCAUCAUCAUCUGUAGAUCAGUGUAAAAUUAAUUCAUAUUCUCACACAUUUUCAUCUCUAAUAAAUGAAAAUGAAAAAAAUGUGCAAUUUUUAAACUAUGUCAUUAAUUGAAUUGGAAAGCUGUGUAAUAAUAAUGAUAAUUUUUUUAUAAAAAAUAAAAAAUUUAGUGUAAAAUAAUA